UGUCACGCUGUUUACUCUGUCAGCCUACAAAUUGUUCCCCAGUAUCUGUACUAUCUACUAUACAAACGGAAUUCUACCAGAUCAUAAGCAAUAUCCCAUCCAUUUUAUAGUAGUUUAUUCCCGCUAAUGGAUCGCCCGAUGCCAUUAUGUAUUCCCACAGGCAAUACUAUUUUUCACGAUUCGCAAAGUCACAUCCAAUCCUCAAAUUCGUUAACAUUUAUGAUAGACAGUCGUUCAUCAGGGAAUGGAUUUUUGAUAAUAUCUACGUUUGCAUUCUGACGUACAUCGUGUUUUUUGGUGCUUUGUGGUAUGCGAGUAAGGUAAUCAAGCGAAUCGAAGAGUCUAAUGAAAGAAUGCUGGAAGUAGUCGCGGAAAACCGAGAAAAACUCGAUGAUGUUAUGGCAUUGAGGAAUAAGAGACAGGAAUAUGAAGAAGUUGUGAUGAAAGUGGUGCUCGAGCCAUCGUUCCCGCCUCGGACGCCCCCUAAAAAAAAAUAUGGGAUGUUUGUCUCUAGACAGACGAAGAGAUGAUUCCACUAAUGCUUCUGAUGAAAAUUCCUCAUGUUCAUCGAUGCCAUUGUCAAAAUACCUGUGAACUACGAUGAACGUCAUUAUUACGCAAGAAAACAAAUUUUGGAAUAAAAUUAUUUCCCUAAAAUGUGUUCUCACAUUAUUUUUUAAUAUUUUUAAUGGAACUGCACUGAAUUGGUCUUCUUUCUAGCCCACAGCUUCAGGAAAAAAAAUUAUGGAACUCUAUAAAAUUUUGCAGAGAAUUUUGUGAUAAAUUAUUCUCGUCUCGAAUU